GCGUGGUCUGCAUCAAUCAGUUUAGCACUUUUAGCACAAUGAAAGACCGUUACUUUGCAGCGAAAGACGAUCUCCCUUCUCGCUUUACGUUAUGAUGUUGUAGCGACUUCGUCCGAGGAUCUGAUUUUGUUUCCGUUGCAGUUUCUGUCUGUGGAAAUAUUAGCAGGCCGCUUCUGUGCACCCAUCAUAAUGCACCCGAUGCCUGUGUUCUCCGAAAGCGGUGGAGACAUAUUUGACUGUAUACAGAGAGGAAAUAUUGAGCUGUGUAUACACUUCCUUCAAAAUGAUCGAUCAGUCCUCAAGCAAAAAGGUUGGGGUGGUUUCACCCCGCUCCACUAUGCCGCCCUCCAUGGUAACCGUGCCAUGGUCGAACUUUUCCUUAGUAAUGGCGCUGACCCUAACCUGACAUGUGAUGCGGGACAGACAGCCUUUCAUUUUGGCUGCAGACAAGGGAACAUCUAUAUUAUACACCAAAUGAUGCAGUAUGGAGCUGAUCUGCGCCUCAUAGACCUGCAAGGAAAAACGUCACUGCAUCAUGCAGUCACGGGGGGCAACAUUGUUGCAGUGCACUAUUUGUGGGAGACAGGAAUGUUCCGGUUCUCAGACACAGACAUGUACCAGGUGACACCCCUUCACCUGGCUGCAUCCACAGGCAACACAGAGGUGGUCCGGUACUUGCUCAGAAACCAGAGAUGUGCUGUGGAUGCAGUUGACCAGCAGGGUGCGACAGCGCUUCACGUUGCUGCAGAAAGGGGUGGAGUGGAGGUGUGCUGGACACUGCUGCAGAGAACAGGGUGCAGGAUGCUCUACCAGAAGAACCACAGCGGCCUCACACCGCUGGACCUCAGUAAACAAGGGAAAACAUUUAGACAUCAGCAACUCACCAAGCUACUGAGUCGGUAUAUUAAUGAGCCAAUACACCACAAGCCCAGAGAGUCUCAUGUUCUGUAUUACUGGACACUGUUUUUUCCAACCCUGAGUGGAGCUUCCAUCCUGCUGAUAGCAGCCAUGUUGGGAGGCUAUGGGGGGCUAACCUGCAGUUUGCUCUUCCCCUGGCUGGCCAGAAGCAUCUUCACACAGUACCACCGCAUGACCACGUACCAAAGGUUACCCAACCCGGUCUACUUGGGAACCCUCAUAGCUGGCUUGUUCCAUUCCUUGCUCUGCUUCUAUGGAAAAAUAAUGCCUAGUGUGUGGCCAACCAGUGCUCUUGUCCAGGUGUCGAUGGUCCACUUCUCCCUAGUCGUCGGUUUGUUGUGUAAGAUUUUGACUCAGGACCCGGGGACACUGGACAGAGCAGAUGCAGAUCCUCGGUUCUCCUGUAUCGCUGACCUGGUGGAGAACAACCAAAGCCCUCACAGGUUCUGUCCGUACUGUGAGUUGUUUCUGCCCGACUACACUAAACACUGCAAGCUGUGCGAUGUGUGCAUUAAAGACUAUGACCACCACUGCCUUUUCCUCAACCGGUGCAUCGGCCGGGGUAACCACCGCCUCUUCCUCUUUUUCAUCCUUUCCAUGGUGAUUGCCCACCUUCUUUUUGUUGCCACUGCAACAAAUUACCUGCUUGACAAGAUGCCUGCGGGCGGUCGCAGCUUGUCAUUGUGGUUCACAUUGUUAGGGCAGGAGUUCUGGGUUGUGGUAAUGAUGAUUAUGAAUGCGCUGACGCUCCUUUGGGAGGUGUGGCUACUUACUGAGCAGUUUGAUGCCGUCGCCACUGGAACGACCAACUACUUCCGUCAGUGUGAAAGCUCAGCACGACAGAGGUCACUAGGACAGCGCUGGGCGAUAGUGCUGUCCUUUCUGCUGGAGGGGCGAAGACGGGUGGGCAGCGGCCAAAGAGAAGACAAAACUGCCAUAGACAUUUAAAUCUGUCAUGUAUCCAGCUGUCUUGAAAUUGUUUCAUCAUCACUCACUUACAAAUAUGCAUUCUCAGUUUACAGUCUUUGUGAGAAUGUCCUCUUUAGAUUUAGUAUCUCUCUAAUAACAUAUUACAUGUUGUACUUGAAUGUAAAAUUUGGAUAUAUCUUCAUAUUCUAUUUUAGUAGACUGUAGAGUAGAUUUGUCCACAAAGUGACUAGCAGGAUAACUACCACUAAGAGGUUAGAAGUUCACCUGGUUUUUAGAGACCUCACUGAAUACUUUAAGAUAAAAUAGUAUUUUAAUU